CGCAAUGAGGCUGUAAACAAGUACAGUAUAAACACGCGGAGCGACUGUCAGCUGCUCUGAGCACACAGACACCAUGGACAGAGAAAACACUGGAGGACUUUGGGACUCGGUGAAGAAAGCAGCUUUUGUCAUCGGAUCUGGGCUUUUCUUCCUGGUCGGGUUCAGAAACUCAGUGACAUGGCAUCUGCAGAGGUUCUGGGGAGCGUCUGGAGAUUUCUGGCAGACACAGUGGACCAAACUUCACCUCGCCUUGGGUGGAAAUGAGGCUGCCUUGUUUUUUAUCGGGACCAUGUUGGUGCCGACGCUCUCGUUUUGGUUGUUUAACGCCCUGCUGAUGGUGGUCGACACGACAGGAAAGCCCAGCUUCAUCACACGCUACAGGAUUCAGCCUGACAAAAACAAUCCGGUGGAUGCGGGCCGGUUGCGUCAUGCGGUGAAGACGGUGCUGUUUAACCAGGUGUGUCUGUCGGGGCCGGUGGUGGUUCUGACCUACAUGCUGAUGAAGUGGCGCGGGGAUCCGUGCGGCCCGGAGCUGCCCACCUUCCACUGGGUGCUGCUGGAGCUGGCCGUCUGCGGCCUGAUGGAGGAGAUCCUCUUCUACUACACACACAGGCUCGUCCACCAUCCGUCGCUCUAUAAGAGCAUCCACAAGAUUCAUCACGAGUGGACGGCUCCGGUGGGAGUGGUGGCGCUCUACGCUCAUCCGGUGGAGCAUGUGCUGUCCAACAUGCUGCCGGCUCUGGCGGGUCCGAUCCUGCUCGGGUCACACGUCGCCACCACCAGCCUCUGGUUCACUAUUGCUCUGCUGGUGACGACCGUCUCUCACUGCGGUUACCACUUACCCCUGCUGCCCUCGCCCGAGUUUCACGACUUCCACCAUCUCAAGUUCAAUCAGUGCUAUGGAGUGCUGGGUGUGCUGGACAGGCUUCACGGGACCGACGAGAAGUUCCGUAACUCAAAGGCGUAUGAGCGGCACACCGUCCUGCUGAGUCUGACCCCGCUGAGCGAGAGCAUCCCUGAAGAUGCCAAGAGAGCACAAGAUUAACCUCACUGAGAAUGAACAGAAUCCACAUGUUCCUGUUUACUCUGCAAAGCUACUUUAAUUGCGCAAGAGUUUGUAAUCGAUCUGGAGUAUGGACACACACUCCUGCGUUCAGGAUCACAGUGUUAAGGUUCAGGUUAUUCAACCUAAAGCAUUUCACUAAUAUAUCAGGACUAAGCUAAUUUACUGUUUCACACUUCACCUUAUCUGAAGCUGCUCUGGUCGAUGUUUGAGAUCAGGGUUCAAAUGCUGUUUGAUGCACUCUAAUGACCUGGUGUCAUGUACAGAGAUGAUCCAUUCCUGUAUACAGUCCUUUUUAUUGUUCUUAAUCUUCUGUGUCUGUGUUCUCAUAUUGUCAAAAUAGCACCAACAUUUAUACAGUUGAUGAAAAUGAUUUUAAUAAUUCUGAUCAAUGAUGUAUUUUAAUACUGAAAAUCUAGUGAUGGUUCUUGGGAAUGAACUGUUGUACACGUGUUCAUCUACUCUUCAUGAUGUGAGUUUCUGGAUUUUCUGAUGGAAGCUCAAUCAUUAAAAUGAACCUGCUGUA